AUGGUGAUGCUGGGGAGUUUGGCCGUGAGGUUAGUUGCUGUUGUGGCUGUGGCUGGUGGCUCUCAUAGUGCGGCUGUGUUGGUUGAGGACUGGUGGCUGGCUGGAGUGGAGCAGGGACUGCCGAUAAGGGGUGGAGCUGCGGCUGAGGCAAUGUUCAUGGCUAGAGUUGCUGGCGUCGUUGCCUCCCCACACAUCCCCACCUCCCCUCCAGCUAUAGUCCAGGCACCACACGUAGACCCGAAGACCUCCGUUUCCAUCAUUGCCGAUGCUUCCCACCAGUCACCGCCGUCAUAUCAACCACCAAUAGCUUCUUCUCCAGCUUCGACCACGAACCAGAGCUCCGGCCUCUUCCUCCCUUGUGGUGAAGCACAUAUCUCUAAACGGAGGCUUCCAAGGUCUACCUUUCUCCCAAUAUUACUUCUCUUUUUUACUCUAUUGAAUGGAAUUACCUUUGCAGCUAAAAAAUCAUAUAUCGUAUACAUGGGAGGCUAUUCACAUGGACAUGAAUCAUCAUUGAUUAGUGUGAAUCAAGCGACGAAGUCUCACUAUAGUCUUUUAGGAUCAUUAUUAGGAAGUGAUGAACGUGCUAAAGAGGCCAUUUUUUAUUCAUACACCCAUCACAUUAACGGUUUUGCAGCAAUGCUUGAGGAAGAAGAAGCAAGAAAGAUAGCUAAGCAUCCAAAAGUUGUUUCAGUCUUUCCAAAUAGAGCAAGGAAGUUGCACACGACUAGGUCAUGGAGGUUCAUGCAACUAGAGACAGAUAAUUGGAUGAUUCCAUCAUACUCUGCCUGGGAGAUCGCAAGAUAUGGCGAGGACACAAUCAUCGGGAACAUUGACUCAGGUGUUUGGCCUGAAUCUAAGAGCUUUAGUGACGAGGGGAUUGGAGAAAUUCCAAGAAGAUGGAAAGGGUUUUGCGAAAAUGAAAAUGGUACCACAUUUCAUUGCAACAGGAAGUUGAUUGGAGCAAGGUACUUCAAUAAAGGGUUUUUGGCGGCAAUAAUGGAAAAGGGUUUAAACGCUUCCACGUUUGGCAACUUGUAUUCACCUCGUGACAGUGAUGGCCAUGGCAGUCACACCUUAUCAACAGCAGGAGGCAGUUAUGUGGCAAAUGCAAGUAUUUUUGGGAUAGGCAAUGGAACGGCAAAAGGUGGAUCACCUAAAGCUCGAGUGGCAGCUUACAGGGUAUGUUGGAGUGAUUUUGAUUGCUUGGAUGCUGAUAUACUAGCAGCCUUCGAUGCCGGCAUUCAUGAUGGCGUCGAUGUUAUGUCGGUGUCACUUGGACUGGAAUCUUCUGUGCUCGUGAACGAUAGUGUUGCUAUUGGAUCUUUACAUGCCGUGAGUGAGGGCAUUGUGGUGGUCUCCGCAGCAGGUAAUGAUGGACCUGAUAAUGCGACCGUUUUAAACAUUGCUCCUUGGUUGAUCACUGUCGGAGCCAGCACUAUCGAUCGCCACAUCUCUUCUUUUGUUGUCCUUUCCAACAACAUAGUUUUCCAGGGAAAGAGUGUUACAGAUAAAUUCUUGCCAAAGAAGUUCUUUCCGCUGACUAGUGCAGCUAAAGCAAAUGCUGCUAAUGCUUCGGCUAAAGACUCAGCCCUAUGCAAGAAUGGAACGUUAGAUCCCUUGAAGGUCAAUGGAACAAUCUUGGUUUGUCUUAGAGGAGAAAAUGGAAGAUUGGACAAGGGUAUACAAGCUGCUUUCGCUGGUGCUGUAGGGAUGAUUCUAGCUAAUGAUAAGCAGUCUGGUAAAAAAAUCGUUGCUGACGCAUAUUUCAUCCCGGCAACACAUGUCAACUACACUGAUGGUGUUGAUAUCUUUGCUUACAUCAAUUCUACCAAGUCACCUAUGGCUUACAUUUCCCGCCCAACUACACAAUUAGGCAUAAAGCCCGCACCAAUUAUGGCAAUUUUCUCAUCUAGGGGACCAAAUCCCUUUAUGCCAGAAAUUCUUAAGCCUGAUAUCACUGCCCCAGGAGUAGAUAUAAUAGCUGCUUACACUGAAGAACUAGGACCGACAGGUUUUGAGUCGGAUACGCGCAGAGUUCAAUUUAAUACACUGAGCGGGACUUCAAUGGCAUGCCCUCAUGUUUCUGGCAUUGCUGGGCUUCUUAAAACCCUCCAUCCAAAUUGGAGUCCUGCAGCAAUUAAAUCAGCAAUCAUGACAACCGCAAAAACGUGGGAUAACAAUAUGGAGCCGAUGCUGGAUAUGGCUGAUGACUCAAAGGCAACACCUUUUGCUUAUGGAGCAGGACAUGUAGAUGCAAACAAGGCUAUGGAUCCUGGGUUGGUUUAUGAUUUAACCAUUAAUGAUUAUUUAAAUUUACUUUGCGCCACUGGUAAGAGCCAAGCCUUAACUGCUUCUUUACUAGAGGGUCGCCCUUAUGCAUGUCCUGAUUCCCUUAAUCUACUAGACUUCAACUAUCCUUCAAUCACCAUACCUGAACUUCGUGGCACAAUCAAUGUUAGUAGAACCAUUACAAAUGUCGGUUCUCCGGCAACUUACAUAGCACAUCUCCAAAACCCAGGAGGAAUUCUUAUUAAUGUGGUCCCAAAAUUGUUGAAGUUCAAUCAAAUUGGUGAGAAGAAGAUCUUUAACCUUACACUGAAGGUUUUGAAUGCAGAGGAUGGGAAGAAAUAUUCAUUUGGAAGGCUAAUGUGGUGCGAUGGUAAGCAUACGGUAAGCAGCCCUAUUACAGUAAAGACAAUUUAA